UGCUCGAGAGGCAGAGUUGAAGAGAGAGAGACUGUGAAGGGGAGAGAAAACUGUGCGCUACUCAAAGCAUCUCUGUGCACCAGUGGUGAGAAACUGCUCCUCGGCUCAUCUCCACUUGCCGCACGGCUCCAAGCUUUUUUUCCCUGCUUUUGAUUGGAGUAGAUUAGCUCCCUGUCUUACCCUUUAUACUUGUGCAAAUUUUGAAUUCUGUUUUUGAAUUCUUAUUUUAAAAGUGUGCUUUGUGGCACCUAAACAGGAACUGCUUCGGUUUACUGGUCGGACUUGUGUCAAAGGCGGGUACAUGGAUCUUCAACUUUUUUUACAGACAGAGUAUCUCACAGUUUCGCCACAUGUUCACAAGAGGAGUUUUGUUUGCAAUGAGCCAUAAGGAAGUUUGCUAAUGAAGAGACAACCAGGACUACCUCAACAGAAAAGACUUUGAAAGAAGCUUGGCGUGUACAAACUAUCACAUAUCACAUCAUAUCAGUUGCAGAGACUGGCGCGCUGUGUGAUCUUGAGUGGAUAUACAAAGUAUUCACCCAUGGCUGUUAACAGGAUACCCAGAUCAUGCUGUUCAUUUUAUAUGUUUUAAGACCAUCUGAGGAGACUUUCACAUAUGCAGCUAUUUUUCUCAUUCAUCAACGCUCGUACCUUCGUUACUUUUGUUUUUUACAUGACCUGCUUUUUCCUCUAUCCGACACGCAUGGAGAAAUUUCAUGAAAAGUAAAUGGAUUGGGAGCAAAGCAGACCAAAGCAGUCACUAUGGUCUUGAAAUUUUGAUUAGUUCUGUUUUGCCUCACUCAGACACCCGCAGGCUCUGCGCAAUGAUAGCUCUGACAACUCUCAUAUGCUGCUCUGUGUUUGGUUAGUGUUUGUGUUUUGAUUUGGACCAUAAAAACCCAAAGAGGGUUGAGAUUGAGGCCAAGAGGUCAAUCUUUCCAAAAAGCUAGAUUUAGAAACAUGGUGUAUGUGUGUGAUUGUGUGAUAAGCGAAAAUAAAUGGAACUUUGACACUUUUGUAACUCUUGAAAUUCAGAUUUUGUGGCACUCAACAGCAGUAGAUCAACGAUUCCUCAUUCCAUAACCCCUUCUCGAAUCCUGCACCUUGUAUCCUUGUGAGGACAGCUUAAGGAAUUAGUAGACUUAACUGUGGAUACUGAAUUAUCAGUCCAACCCUUUUCCAGCAGCACAAGUUUCAAUUGCAGAGGUAAUAUCUCUGCCUGACAAUUACAGAACUGCUUCCAAGCAUGACUGAUUUCAGAGGAGAACUGGGUGCCCUUUUUUUCUAUCCUUAUGUACUGUAUUGAUUUUUGCCAAUGCUCAUUUCACUGAGGUUCAGCCAUGUGAAAGACAGAGGGAAAGAAAAAUAGAAAGAAGAUAGAGUUCUUUUGGAAGAGAUACCGAGGGCACACAGACAGGCUCACAGGCCAUCUGCACUGCGUUUAGAACAGCAGAACCUUAUCCAAGUGGACAGGGCCCGAGACAAUGAACCGGUCAGGGCUGAUCGAACCGGUCCCCACUGCAAACGGCAGCCUUGGCAAUUACUUCAGUAGGUCACUAAACCACUCCUGCCCCCUGGGCUGGGGACAGAACAAGGUCGUGGAGGCUUGUGUCUUGGAGACAGCAGUUAUUGUAUUACUGACUGUGCUUAUUAUUGCUGGGAAUUUGACUGUGAUCUUUGUGUUUCAUUGUGCCCCGUUGUUACACCAUUACACCACCAGCUACUUCAUCCAGACUAUGGCCUAUGCUGAUCUGUUGGUUGGGCUAAGCUGCCUAGUGCCCACCCUUUCGCUUCUCCAUUUUCCAGCUGGUGUCCAAGAGCCUCUCACCUGUCAGGUGUUCAGCUACGUCAUCUCCGUUCUCAAGAGCGUUUCAAUGGCCUGUCUGGCUUGCAUUAGUGUGGACCGCUAUUUGGCUAUCACAAAGCCCCUAUCCUACAACCAGUUGGUAACACCCUGCCGCCUUCGUUGCUGCAUCGUUCUUAUAUGGAUCUACUCUUGCUUGGUGUUUCUACCUUCAUUCUUUGGCUGGGGUAAGCCAGGGUACCAUGGGGAUAUCUUCGAAUGGUGUGCCCACUCUUGGCCCACGUCUGCGCUCUUCACUGGAUUUGUGGUGUGUCUGCUGUAUGCCCCUGCAGCCCUUGUAGUCUGUUUCACAUACUUCCACAUCUUCCGCAUCUGCCAGCAGCAUAACCGGGAUAUCAGUGAACGAAGGGCACGCUUCCCCAGUCAGGAGAUGGAAACUGCCGAGGGGGGCCACCCCACAUGCCACGGACCAGAUCGACGUUACGCCAUGGUACUCUUUCGUAUCACCAGUGUCUUCUACAUGCUGUGGCUCCCCUACAUUUUCUACUUUCUUCUCGAGAGCUCCCAUGUACUGGACAGCCCUGCACUCUCCUUCGUGACCACCUGGUUAGCAAUUAGCAACAGCUUCUGUAACUGCGUCAUUUACAGUCUGUCCAACAGUGUGUUCCGGCUGGGGAUGCGCAGACUCUCGCAGACACUCUGCUCAUCCUGCUCUUUCAGCCCCUGCACUCAUGAUGACAAGGACUUUGGUGAGCCAAAGCCAAGGAGGAGAGAUAACUCUUGCUCCAUCUGAAGAUUUGCAGAGAAUGGCAAGGUCUUAAGCUGCUAAAUUUUGUUGCAAAGGCAUUCGGCCCAGAUUUAACAAGCAACAAUAUAAUUGUAACAUUGAUUGAAACUUUGUUGUUUCUUGAACGUAGAUUGGCACGCCAAGCUUGACAACACCCUUCACUCAAAAAAAUAUGAUGGUAAAUCUGUCUUGUCAUCAUAUUAUUUACAUUCCUUGGUCCUGUAAAUAUCUAAUGGUGAUUGGCCACAAUAAGUUUUGACCACUUUGAGGUAUACAGUUUUUAGAGAGCAAGUUUAGAUAGCAGGUUUUGUUAGUAAAAUAUUUACAAGGCAAAGCCAGGGGGUAGUUUCAAAGCUCUUGUUUGUGAUCACUCUUUCCAAAUAUAGAGCACACCUGCUGUUUUUAGUCAUAUUACCCUCCUUGCAGGAUUGGUUGUUUUGAUGGUUUUUUUUUUUUAGUUCGUUUUGUGUCAGCUGUAACGGCAGCUGCUUUACAAAAGGAUGAUGUUUUGAAGACUGUUUUGAAUAGUGGUUUAUUUUAAUUGACUUGAGUCUUGAGCCUCCUUCUAGUGGCUCUUAUGGCACAGUAUGUCUUAAAUUUAGGAUUUAAAUGCAGCUAAAACAAAUAUGUGGGACCUGUGAAUCAUGUCAAAUGCAACAUAGCAAAGGGCAAAAGCAGUUGAUCAAGUAUUUUUUUAAAUUUAUUAUUAUUAUAAUUUUUUUUUUUUAUAUAAAUCUCGAUUCUAGAUCUGAUAAUUUUCUAGGUAAUCUUGAAAUAUCACACGUGCACAAUAUCAACAAUGCCUGUAAUAGUUGUGGGCUAUUUUUUAGAUCCCCAGUGGUGUAUAGCCUUAGCUGUUUGUAAUUAGACCUUUAUCCCUGCAGUGACCCUUUGAAAAACAUGCAACACUGCAUGUUUUAUUUUUAAAUGCAUUUUUUCCCCAGAUAAGCUAGAACUUAUCUUGAUGGUCACAUACAUUUUUUUUAGGCUGAGCUUUGUUUUUUCACUUCUCACUUUAUGUAUGAAUGUCCAAAACAGAUUUAUUUUUAAAUAUAAUUUCAUUCGUACUGUUUUGCAUCCAUCUGAUUGGUUUCAUUUACCUCUAUUGCCAUUUAAUUAAAAUGUUAUUUAAUAAAAUAUAAUUUAUUUUUACAAUUUGAGGGAUUAAAAUAAGCGAAUAGAGGAUUCAAAUGUUUUCAAAUUAAACUGCACAUAUAUUUUAUAGCUUUUUAAAAUUGGCAUAGCUGCAGAAAAAGUUGCAUACUCUUUAGUUUAUUUUCAUAAUUCUGUUCUGUGAGCCCUUAUAAUGGUUUAUACUUCACUAUUAUUGUUUAACAUUUAAUAUUUAUUUUCCAAAGCAACACACUUUGAGGAAUUAUAUGUUCUGUACUUCAUAUAAAGUUGAUUAAUGUCUACAUUUCUGUUGCAAGUUUUCAGCCAUGAGUAGAGUUUAGCUUUUUUAUUAUCACACAUCAAUAUGGAAGCCAUUAUUUUUUAUAAUGAUACAGAGAAUACAAUAUAUGGUUGCUUCUAUUGAAAUUGUUAUACUUGGUUAUGUGUUGGGGCAGAGUUAAACUGCCUUUGAGUCAAGUAUUGGUGGUUUUGUAAGCCUCCUGCCUGCUUAAUUUUGCUCAUGCCUGUAAACUUGAUUUGCUGAUGGAUGUUACAGCCCUGUUCAAUGACAUGCUGAACUUCACAGCUCUAACAAAAAAAACAAAACAAACAAAAAAAAAAAAAACAGUACAACUAAGCUAGUUGAUGUGCAUUAGAUAAAGAAAUCUGAGAAUAAAAAGAUAAUCAGAAUAGACUCACUUUCAAAUUAAAUGGUGAAGGUGUUAUUUUCUAUUCUUAACAACUUAAAGUAAAUUAUUUAUCUGUUUAUUUAUUUUUCCAAUUAAUGAUACUGAUGAAAUAGCAGAAUAUUCCUGUAUUCAUUUUGCUUUUCAGCUGAUGUUUCAUGAGAGAAAUCAUUAAAGGUUUUCCCUC